UGCUUAAUUUCAGCCAAUCAGGUGUGCAACCCACACGCAACGUGAUUAAUAUUCAUGAAUCAUGAGCCAAUCCUUCAACAGAUUCGGCGGUUUGAUCAGUGAAUAAGAACAUUGCUCCUCUGCUUAAACUUGUUUUCCGAUUAUUUUUAAGAUAUUAUGUAAUGCAAUACAAUCCUCUUUCCCAAGAAGGAGACUGAACGGCGAUGGAACAGGUAGCCUGCAGCAAUUUCAGAUCCAUAAGGGCCAAGUUUCAGGAAGAGCUCCAGGUGAGGGACAGACCUGUGCUUCCCGAGAAACCCAAACGCCUCCCGACAGCCGGCGUGGGCCGCUCUGGUCCGAGCUGUUCAGCUGUGGAAACCAUGAGUUCAGCUGUGGAAACCAAGACCCCUAGUCUACCCCGGGCCAUUUUCAGAGAAGACCUGAAAACGCCCUUUGGGAGACGGCCUGUGUCUUUCCCAAGCUUCCCCAACACAACAUCUGAAGUCAGCAGGUCUGGUGAGGACAGGCACAACAGGCAGUCGCUCAAAGUUCGGCAUUUGCCCCUCGUGUUGCCGCUUUCAAACGAGCCACCGCAUGAUUCUUCAGCUCCUUGCUCAAAGAGAAUCCCAUCACCUCUCAAAUGCAUCCGGAAGCAAUUCCCUACGCCUUUCAGCUUGACCAAAGUUUCAGCGUCUGGCAAAGACAUGGGUAAAAAUGGUCCUAAAAGUACUCAGAGUGUUGAGACCGGAGAGUCAAACCCGUGUGCGAGUCUCGAGCGCUCCGCUACUCCUUCUCCGAGCGACGGAUCGUCCCUGGCGGACUCGUCUUCUGGGACGGGGAGUGUUAGCCACUUCUUUGACCAGCAUGUGUUGAGCACGCUGGAGAAAGCCAAGAGGAAGCUGUCCCACAAGAGCCUGCUGGUGUGUGGCCGACCCAAGGGCUUCUACAUCAGCAAAGCCACCGAGAGUCCUCCAUCUCCUCCUGCCCGUCCAGAGACGUCCUCUCCUCGGAAGAGCAGAGCGGCACACACCGCUGUGACGGAGCUGGCUUUAGUCCUGCAGACCGGACCACCACGCAAACCUCUCCCUGACCCCACAUCCCUCGGGCCGGGGCCCUCAAAGCCUCCGCGACCCCCGCGUGUGGACCUCCACAGAUACACGGCUGCACGACACGCCACUGAAGCGCUCGCUGCUGAACCGGAGCCUGAUGUUUCUGCUCCCGCUGAUGCGUCACUAGAGGACACGAGUUUACCUCCUCCCGAAUUCCCCGAUUUUGAAGUGUGUGCAGCCGAAGCGGCGGACAGCGACGCCGUCGACCUGGCAGCCCUGGAGCUGGAGGCCACAGAGUUCCCCGACUCCUUGCCUCCUCCUCCACCAGAGGAACACGACAACCCGGUCACAUGUUCUCCCGGGGAUGAUGGACCACACGACACGCCGUCAGCUGACGCUCUCGCUCAGGCCACAAGCACAGGCGUCUCUGCCACCUCUGACCUCAGGAUGAACGGAUCACACACUGAACACCAGCAACCAGUUUUUCCUAAGGAGAGGCGUUUGCAUGGGACAUUUGACAAUGUUUAUGAGGAUGUGGAGACUGUUCCCAAGUUUCCUUUUGUCCAACACUCGUUCAAGAGUAAAGCAGCUCCUAAAAACCCGUAUGCGGAUAACGGCCAUGUGAAAGAAGAGACUUGGAAGAAUAUAUGGCAUGUCCCUCAGUGGUCUAAUGCAGCUGAAGAUCACAAUGGCCACAGUCACAACGACAGAAAGAAGAUGAGCCCUGAACACCAGGAGGAUAAAGAGCUGAAGAAGAAGGAGAAGCAGCGUCUGGAGAAGGAGAAGAAAGAGCAGAAAGAGAAGGACAAAAAGAGAAACAUGUUGCACAAGAAAUUUAAAAUCACCGGACUGGAAGAGCCCAUGUAUCGCGCCCGAGUGCUGGCGGCCAGCAAACUCCGCAAAUACGACCUGCCCGUCAAAAGUGGGGAUCUCAUCAGCAUCAUCCGAACGGUCAACUGCCCCAAGGGCAAAUGGCUGGCCCGAGACGCCAACAACAAAUACGGCUACAUCUCCGUGAUGAAUGUGGAGUUGAACAUCAAGGAGAUGCUGGAGCUGGGGAAGAAGGCGUCGCAGGCCGCCGGACGAGGCCAGACCGACGGAGAUAACCUCAGCUUCAGCAGCAGGUCGUCUCAUCAGAAUCCGGUGUUCACCAGCAGCUUCACGGAUGACAGUGAGGAGUGGAUGUAUGAGGAUGACACCUUGUCUCUCUCCGCUGAAAACUCGAGUCAGGUGAAAGCGGUCUCCAUGCCUGAGAUCUGUGAGUGUGUUUCUGCUCUCUCUGCGCUGAGCUUGAUGUGUUCUGUUCACUGUACUCUGGUCUCUCUCUUCUCAGUCGACAGCACCUCCUCGGCUCAUCAGACGUUCAGUGACUGGAGCAUUGAAGACGUCCACACACAAGAAGCAGAACACUUCCAGUUUGCAGAUGUUGAUCUUCUGCCUCCUCCGGCACUUUACGCCGACUCUCUUUGAGCCUGCGUGAGGUUGAUUUCAUACCUCGAUCAUAACCAAGGAAAUCCACAUUUCUUCAGGAGCUGGCGUUUGGAAAAAACUGGGCUUCAGUUUUACAGGUCGUCAGUCCUGUGUCUGAAGACUCGGUUUAACAUUACAAGUGCAAAGAGAAAAACUGUGGCGUUUAAUGAAAGUGAACUCUUGAGGUUUGAAGUGUUGCAUUGGCACUGAGCGGCGAGGGCUCGAUCGAGGACGGAUAACACAAUGGCAGAUUAGGGGUUUUAAUGAAAUGAGGGUGUGGCACUUUGUCAUAUGAACUAUUGAAUGAAUUGCUAAAGGAUUGAGAGAAACUUGUGCAUGUUAUCGAUUAAUUCACCUUUGCUUUUGUCGUUGUGUAUCUCAUUGUGUGGGAACUUUGGAAGUUGGUGGUUUGAUUACAUGUUUAUAAAUUGAAAACUUGUAAAUGUUGGCGUGAAAUAAAUGGAUCCAGCAGUG